AUGAACCGCGUUCAUCCUGACUCCGAAGCCGGGUCGCAGAGCGCGUCCCGGCCAGCGUCUCCAGCGUCGGCUCGGCGUGCGCUUGCUCCUACGAAGUCGGAGCUCCCGCCGGAUGUAGCCGCGAGCUUAGGCAUCGACGGGCUCGACGAGGAGCCUCCGGCGAAGGCAGACUCGAUGCGCGACGUGCCGUUUUCUGGCGCGACCGACGACGCCGCGGGCGACAGGGACGGGGGCGGACAGCGCUCAGGAGAUGGCGGCGCUAUCGAAGGUGCCUCAACUGACGAGUCUAGGCCGUUGCUCGAAGGCCAGGGCGGAACGAGCGACGGCGCGAAGGAACCGGAAUCAAAGCCAACUGGAGAUGUUGGUGAGGAUAGCGCGGGGCCCAACGGACCUGCGGCAGGGCCUCCAGUGGACGGGGGUGAGAGCAGCAACGAGUAUCUCGACGAGAACUCCGCUCUACGUGGGCAGCUGGAGAGCGUGCUGUCGCUGGACCCAAGUGCGAUACAAAGCCGCGCGGCAGGGAGCGAGGCAGGAUCCAGCGCACGGGAGCUGGAGAAGGGGAGAAGUGAAACGACCAAGAAUGCCAUCGUGCCCGAGAAGGACGACGCCGAGGCGUCUCCGGCGACGAUGCUCGACGAUGAUGCUGUGCCCGAGGGAGACGAACGUGACAAGGCGCUUUUCAGGUCGUGCCUGUUUGGCAUCAAUGACGACGUGUUCGAGCUGCUGAAGGAGGGCGCGAACCCGAACAGGUUCUGGAUCGUGGAGGACGUGAUCGAGUCGCAACAGAUACCCAGCAUCAGCCCGAUGACGCGACACGGCUUCCUGCAACGGCCGCUCACCGCGCUGUACGCGGCUGCCUGGCAGAAGCAGGACAAGGUCCUUGAGUCCUUCAAGCGGGCGAGGCAGACAGGCGUGGGCGUGCCGGCGGAUCCGAUGUGCUGCGCGCCCCCCGGGCACGCGUCGAUGUACCUGUUCCACUACGCCACGCUGGACUGCGACAUUUACUGGAAGGACUCGUCGCGCGUGAAGGACGCCAUCAUGGCCUCGAACGAGCUCGCGAACAUGCUGGCCGACGGCGAGGGCAAGUCGCCCCUGACCGUGAACACGCUGAGCGAGGGGGGCGGCGACGAGUGGCAGGGGGUGUCUGCUGUGCACCUGGCCUUCGACUACAUCAAGGACUUCGAGUCGUUCGCGGCGAGCAAGUACGCCGUGCUGCGCGCCCUGACGUCGAUCGGCGGCGACUUCACGGUGCCGGCGGCGGAGGGCGGGACGGGGGGCCGGCCGAUGGACUGGCUGGUGCGGGCGGCGCCGGACGUGGCCUUCGAGAUCGCCCCGGAGCAGAUGACCAAGGAGGACAGGGCCGCGGCGUCGAAGGCGCUGGCGGACACGGACGUGCGCGCGGACCUGCUGAUCCGCCGCGCCGCGCUGGGCGACGCGGUGCUGGUCAAGCGGCUGGUGGAGAGCGAUGCCUCCCCGAACGACUUCAACGACGACGGCGUCACUGCCCUGUACGCUGCCGCGCAGCAGAAGCACAGCAACGUGAUCAACACCCUAGGUACGCUCCGGGCGGCGUCGACGAACACCGCCGCCGACCCCCUGAUCACCAGCGAGGCCUCGCUCAACUGCAGCCUGUUCCACUUCCUCGUCAUGGACGCGUCGGCGUUCCCCGUCGAGCGCGUCGUGGAGUGCCUGGAGAUGGCGCACAAGUUCUUCGGCGCGGUGCGGUCGAAGGAGUACUGGGGGGACCCCAGGAACAACAUCCGCCUGCGCGCCAUCAACGCCGCGGACGCGGAGGGCAAGACCGCGGUGCAGCACUUGCUCGAGGACUGGUCGGAGUCGCUCAUCGACACGAAGAGCGCCAUCGAUCUGCUGCGCGUUAUGGUGCGGCUCGGGGCGGAUCUGACGCUGCGGGACAGUUCCGGCAGCGGGGUGCUGCACCACAUCAUGGACAUGGGCCCCGAGCUGUACAAGGAGCUGGUGCUGGACCGCAUGGUGCGGCGACGCGCGGCGACGCCCAUCGACAUGGUCGCACAGGGAAUCACGUCCGGCACGCACGCGGCGUACGUGAACCUGCGGUUCGGGUGGUGGGACAACGGCGGCAGUGCCGAGGCCAGCGCCACGGUCGACCAGAAGUUCUUCGCGCAAGACGCGGACCUCCUGACCCCGAUCGAGGCCACGCCGGACGCCCACUUCCUGCUCAAGCACCCCGUCGUACAGCAGCAGGUCGACGCCCUGUGGUCUGGCGGGUUCCGGCGGGAGGCUGUCAAGGAGACGGCGCUCGUGUCGAUCUUCGUGGUCCUCGUCACCCUGUCCUCGACGAUGGCGGUCAUCUUCGGGGUGUACUCCUACAAGGACCUCACGGGGCUGGCUCGGCUCGCGGUAGAUGUUGCCACCCUGAGCAUGAACAUGUGGUUUCUGUGGGGCGAGCUGAUGGAGCUGAUGGAGAGCACGCAGGAGCUCAGGGGCGAGGGACAGUCGCAGAUCCUCACGCCGGCCGUCGACUUGAUCUUCGCGCGGAUCCAGGACGACGGCUACGUCAACCGGGAGAAGGCCACCUCGAUGGCCAUCGCGGAGGAGCUCGGCCUCGACCUGGAGCCGAGCCACAUCGACAAGGAGUUCGGAGCCCGUCUCGUGGCGCAGCAGCUCGAAGCACAGGAGGCGCCGUUGUCGCCCAAGGUCAAGACCAUGACGCGGACCUUGUCAUGUACUGAAGGCACAGCGGCGGCCACGCGCGUGUUCCCGCCCGAGUCCAUUGAUCGCGCGAGUUUCCACAAGAUGUGGGCCAAGUUGACCAACCGCGCGACCGGACACGGGCCGCCGCCGCGGUUCCUGCUAUGGUUCUACGCGAUCAAGGCGUACACGUCGUCGGUCUUCAACCUGAACGACAUAGCCCUGCACAUCAUCGUCCCCGUGAUGUACGGAAUGCGGGCCCUCCACUACUUCACCGAGCAUUCAGACGAGGAUCCAAUUUCAAGCCAUCUCCACGACAUGGACAUCAUCUUCAUGUGUGCAAGCUCGGUUCUGGCUUGGGGGAAGAUGGCACGCUUCUUCCUCACGUAUCAGCCAUUGGGGCCGCUCGUGGUGAUGGUGUUCACGAUGCUGCGCCGGGACAUCGCGCGUUUCUUGGCCAUCCUCCUCCUCUUCUUCUUCGGAUUCGUCACUGCGUUCUACGUCUUGUUGCGGCACAGCGAGGACACGGAAGACUUCAGCACGUACCCGAAAGCCUGUCUGGCUUCAUUCUUCAUGCUUCUGGACGGCGUGUCGGAUUACAUAGAGGCGCUGACGUCGGCGUCGUCCUACAUGGGUCCGGCGCUGGGCAUUCUGUACGCGGUCAUGGGUCAAGUGCUGCUCCUCAACCUGCUGAUUGCCAUGAUGGCCACGUCGUACGAGGAGGUGUCAGAGAAGGCUGAGGUGGAGUACAGCUACCAGGUCGUGAAGAACAUCCUGGCUACUGCGAGUAAGAAGCCCGGCCUGCAGGUGCCGAUGCGGCAGUAUCAGAACCGGGUGAUGAAGGCGCGCGACUACGAGGCCCUCGAGAAGAACAUGCGCGACGCGGACCCCAUCGAGGACCUCAUGGCGCUGGUCCUGGAGCUUCGGGGCGACUUGCGCAGGGGGCUCGGUCAGGUCAACACGCGCGUGGACAACGUGCAGAAGGACGUCCUCAGCGUCGAGAAGCACGUCACGAGUAUGCGGCCGCUGACAGACAAGCUGGAGCACGUGGCGAAGGACGUGGCCCACCUGUCGGAGCGGAGGAGGCUGAGAGAGGCUGCGCGCGCAAUUGCGGCGGGCGCGAGGCCAAGGCCGCCGCCGCUGCCGCCCGGAGGUUUGCCGCCCCUUCGUGCCCCGCCUGGCCCAGGCGCACUAUAA